AGGCUAGAAUGUGUUGACACUGAUAGAGUGCGACUGAGAAAAUGACUUUUGCCUGUGAAAUCCAGGGAUGGUUUCAAAGACGUGUAGGACCAAACAGAUCCUGAAAAAUGUUUUCCCCCUCGCAUUUCUUGGGAGGUGGUGCGAGGGCUGCUGACGUGAUGAGACAGCCCAACCCCUGCUAUACUGUGGAGGAAAAGUCCAGGCGCAGGGAAACAGGCUUCAGAGUCAGAUCAGCGCGUUGACUGAGCGCACGCUCCAUGCGCACCAAGACUCCAAGACGCGCGCCACGGAAAGACUGAUUCAGUCUUUACAAAAAAAUAUAUUGCUAAAUCAUUUGAAUGUAACUUUAUAAAAAAACAGAGCUGUGGAUUCCAUGAAACAUUUAAAUAAUUAGACAAGCAAGGAAAACCAGUAUUUACAGGAACGCGAAUGGAGACGCACUGGAUCCAACACGCUUCAUAUACUAUGUCAUGAUGCAGCAGCAACAUACAGACCUCCCACAGGUAAUUUACAGCAAAGAUUAAGUUCGCUUCGAGAGGGAAAGGGAAUUAUGAACUCGUCCGAGUCUGUUUGGCUCUUAGGGGAGCCGUGGAACCUGAGCAGAGCGGAGGAAGAGGACCAGAAACUUUUAUUCGGGAUUGGCACAGAUAACUUCAUUACGCUGCUGGUUUUCGGGCUCAUCUUUACGCUCGGUGUUCUGGGUAACUCCAUGGUGAUCACCGUGUUGGCCCGGAGCAAACCGGGCAAACCACGGAGCACCACCAACAUCUUCAUCCUCAACCUGAGCAUAGCAGACCUCUCCUACCUGCUCUUCUGCAUCCCUUUCCAGUCCACUAUUUACAUGAUGCCGACGUGGGUCCUGGGCGCUUUUAUUUGCAAAUUCAUCCACUACUUCUUCACCGUGUCCAUGCUCGUGAGCAUCUUCACUCUGUCUGCCAUGUCUGUGGACCGGUACAUCGCCAUCGUGCACUCCAGGAAGUCCUCCUCUAUCCGGGUGGCAAAGCACGCUCUGAUCGGAGUGGUGGUGAUUUGGAUUCUCUCCCUGGCCAUGGCUGCGCCGAUCAUGUAUUACCAAAACAUCUUCCACAGAGGAGAGAAUCACACCUUCUGCUGGGAAGUGUGGCCGGAUCAAAACCAGAAGAAGAUCUAUGUAUUUUGCACCUUUGUGUUUGGUUAUGUGUUGCCCCUGCUGCUGAUUACCUUCUGCUAUGCCAAGGUUUUAAAUCACUUGCACAAAAAACUAAGAAAUAUGUCCAAAAAGUCAGAGGCAUCAAAGAAAAAGACUGCUCAGACGGUCCUGGUGGUGGUGGUGGUGUUCUGCCUCUCUUGGCUCCCUCAUCACGUCGUUCACCUCUGGGUGGAGUUCGGGACCUUCCCGUUAAACCAAGCUUCUUUCGUACUACGGGUGGCCGCCCAUUGCCUGGCUUACAGCAACUCAUCGGUCAACCCGGUCAUCUACGCAUUCCUGUCAGAGAACUUCAGGAAGGCGUACAAGCAGGUGUUCAAAUGUCAGAUCGGUUCCAGUGGCUCCCCACUCAACGACAUUAAGGAGAUCCGCAGCAAGGCGGACACUCCACCCUCGACCAACUGCACCAAUGUCUGAAUAUUUCUAUGUUUGCUUGGAUAUUGCCACAGCUGAACAAUUCCACAUGAGCGCUGUUCAUUAAAACGUGAACUAGAGGAGAAGGGAGAACAUGAUUACUCGCUUUUUGAUCAGUCUCUGUUUCCUGCUUCUCUUCUGUCGUAAUGAAAACAAGUACGGUCUGAACUCAGGAAAUGUAUCCUCUUUCUAGACUGAACUCAUUUACAUUGUAGACAUUUACGUGUCACAUCAAGGUAUAUUCCCUGACCAGUACAUUCAAAGUGAAUGACUAACAUUCUGUCACACUUCAAAGGUAGCCUAUAAAAUGUUUCAUAUGAUUGACAUAAUAACAAUACAAGUUAUGCUACAUCGAGUCACAACAUAGUUGGAAUACUGCUCUAAAACUGCAUAAAUACGCUACAGUUGCUAAUCCCUGUAAUGCUCUGUUAGUAUGACCAUUGGGCCCUUUGUCCACCUAACAUUUUUUUCCGGGCUGAAAAGCACUGGCUGUGCGCUCAGGAGCACAUGCAUGAAGCGUUUGUGUGCUGAGAAGAAAACAUGGCAACAGUCUGUAGACAACAGCCGCUGUAUGACCGACACUGCUCUGUUAUUUUUUUUAUGUAUGUUUUAUCAUUUUAGAUCAUUUAUUUACCCAUCAGGCACAGAGCCUAGAGGAUAUGGGAACAAGACACGAUCCAUAGGCAGAAAAAAAAAGGGGAAUAUCAUACAUUUUGGAAAAAGUUGAAAGAUUCGGCCGCACAAAAGCGGUGGAGCGCUCGGAAAAAAAGACACUGAGCGCAGUGCAUUUUCCCCAGGCGACCACAAAAAAGACGCUGCCGCUUAGAAAAAAACGACAGGUGGACACUGGGACUUAGAGUGUCCGCUGUAAUACUGUGAAUCAGUUAGUUUCAUGUGAAGAACGCUAUGAAGAGAAAAAUGUAACUUGCUGUUCCUCCACAUUAUAAAGAAUGUAAAUGUCGUAACAUUGCCCGAAUGUUUCAUGAUGUAAGUAGACAUUGCUUUGUUGAAUGUACAUGAACUAUAAUAAUUACUGUCCAGAGUUUGAGUGGACCAGUUUUUCCAUGAAUUGUUGAAUUGUUGACUUUUUUUCAAUAAUUGAAACGUGGCUGAUGGAGUGAUUAAGUUGGAUAUGUUGUUGUGUUAGAAGAAAAGGUGACUAAGCAAUCACAUCAAACCCCUUUGCUUGCCAUAUUUUGCUUUGGAAUCCUAUUUUCAAAUAACAUAAAAUAUGAAUUCAAUCAAAAACUUGUAGUAUAGCAGUUUGUUUGUUUUGCUAGCAAGAGGGGGGCUUAUAGUGCUUCUGCUGACUGGUCAGGUAAAGGAUCGUUUGGUUGGGUGAUAAAAACAGAUGACAAUUUCUAUAAUGGUUGCAAACAGAAUAGAGUGGUCUCUAAAACCUCUCUAUUCUUUACAUUACUACCUAAAGGACAUUGUAAAACGCUCAGGAGCCAUGUUUCCCUUUUUUGGCAGGUGUCAUUGAAUGUUACUAUGGAAACAUGGCUUGUACACUUUUUUUCAGAAAAACAUCUUUCACUGCUGUUCCUCACUGCUUGAAUGUUUCUGAAUUCCCAGAACUGAACAUUCAAACAUGUAGCCCCUGACAGAUACAAAAACAUUUAGGCUAGAGUGGGCAAAAUAACUUUUUAACCAAUUCUACUGAAAUGUAGGCUAGUACUUGAUCGUCAUUUGCAUUAGCGUUACAGCUAACAUGUUGUUGAUCUGGAGUGAAAAUUAUUGUGCUGACAAACUUUAAACGACAACCAAAGCAACUUUUUUUCAUAUUUUAGUGAAAAAAAACGAGUUUAAGCUAUAGACAAUAUAUAUGUCAAACGUUUCCCUUGAGUUCAGCAUGCGGUCAACGUGACUAAGCAAGCUGUUGGUAGACUGAAAAAUAAGUACCUAAACUCUGCUGAGUGAUGCCUGGUUUAACUAAUUUCCCUACUUUUAUUUUUACAUUAGGAAAAACAGAAGACACCAUGUGAGGAAUUAAGAGUUGUUAUGAGGUACAGUAGAGCUGGAUUGAGUAAAGACAGUGCAAUUGAUCACAUUUUUAAUUUUCCUUAAACAGCUGACAAAAAGUUGCAACUUCACCUGAGAAAAAAAAAAGAAUGCCAUUGUUUUAAAACUCAGUAUAAAAAGUUAUAUUUCACAUUGAUACAUUGUAUAUUAAUACUGAAGCAAAUAUGCACAUAAUGUUUUGCUAUGUAAACAGUUUUGUGCUUGUGAUGUGUUGUAUGAUUAAGUCAGGUGGUUUAAAAUAUAGAGCUCUCUACUUGUUUUGCACCUUGCUGGUAGCUAUUUUUUUUCUAAACUUGAAACAUGAGUGAAAAUAAAUGACUUUUAAGUCCUUUACAAUGUGUAUGUGAUGAGCCAAGCCUCCACAGCUUUACACCAGUACACACAAAAUAUUGAAAAAGUGAGACCAUUGGACCUACAGUUUCCUAUGUACAUUUUCAGAAAUUUUGGAAUGCAUUUGAUUUCCACUGAGUAUGAAGGAUCUCAAGUUAUGUUCAUUGUGAAUAUUCAGCUUGUGGUUCGGUAACAGUUUGUCAUGGAGGGGAGCGAGCCUGCUGCUGUUUUUUUUUCUUAGCUGCAGCAGCUGAUUAACACUAACUUCAUCUUGAGAGAAGGAACUAAUCCGUGCAAUCAGACGACUCUCAUCCUCCCUGUCAGUGAGGAUCCCAGGAGUAAGUCAACCAUUAUUCCCACACAGCUGAGGAGGUGAAGCUGAUGACUUUGCUCACUUGACUGACUGCAAAGAUGGGAAUGCUCUAUCAUGCACACGCAGGACUAAGAAUAUUAAUUUUUAAAGUGGGCAUUUGUAAAGGAAUCUAAUUAAAGCUGUGUGAACUCGAAGCUUUGUUGUGGAGCUUCAGUAGGACUACAUGUGAAUGAAUGACUUUUCUGUGAUGUGUUUCUGAAACACAUCGAGUGUUGUUUUCUUCAAAUUAUCCAUAUAAAGAGCA